AUGCCUACUUCUCUCCACUCAAUGUCUCAAUUCAAGGUCUUUGAGAACAGUCCCGCGCAAGAUUCCCACAUACAUUCCGACUUGGGAUCCAACACGUCACACUUCACUGCCAUUGCUAGAACCAUAGAGCGCGAAAAACUUAGAAAUGCAAACAACCUGGAAUUCGGGCGCGGCCAUGUUCUUGCCACAAAGUACCACGCUACGCGACGGCUGCAGUGCUGGUUGGAUCGAGCUAGCAAUACCCAUGGCCAGGAUCCAACUCUUCGGGCCCCCUUGUGGCGAGCAUACACUUUGGCAAAAGCAUUCGACCCUAAAUUGCUUUACAAUCUCCCGGACCGAGCUUGGGAUCUGCUAUGGGCUGCACAGUCUGUCGACUCGGCCAGUAACCUGAAACGUAAGGCAGAGUUGGGACAACUCUAUCGCGACAUGGCCAAGUCGGGCAAGACGACGACUGUCGGGCAAAGGGUCAAGUAUCUAGAAACCGUGUUUCUUUGUGGAAGGCAAGACCAGGCUCUUAGGGAAUGGCAAGAGGACUACAUGACACGACGGCCUAGUGGCCGGCAAGACUACAAACCGGAGCAUCUGGAGAUUGGAGCCAAGCUACAUGGGCUUGCUGGUAACGUUGAUCGUAGCCGCGAGAUCAUGGAAGAGUUAUACAAGUUAUAUCCUAGCUGGAAUGCAUCCGUGAUGAUGGUUGUUUUCCGCGCUCAUACAAGCUCUGAACUUCGGGAGCAUCACAAUAUCGCAAAAGACAUAUACGUCAAGAUGAAAGAGAAAAUGGGUGGGAUGCGCACCAUUAAGGACUACGACGCUUGGCUUGUGGGAUUCCUAGAAGCACGAAACAUAUCCUACGCAAAACAAGUUUUUCAAGACAUGGUAAAGGAUGGCUACCUUGCUACCACAGGUACCGCAGACGACGUCGAACAAGUUCUCAAGAGACUGCACAUGGUAUAUCGUCUGGGUACUGAUAUUGCCAAAGUGACUAGCAUCGCGCUUCACGCCAUCUCGGUCUUGCCACCUGCAUAUCAUGGCCAUUUGUUUGGGGACUGGAUGAAGUCGGCUGUCGUUCAAAAAGCCCCAGAGGCCGCUGCUCAGAUACUGGACAUGAUGUUCAAGCGCGGAUACCAGCCGGAGACGUUCCAUUUCAACAUGCUGCUCAAGGCGUUGAUACGCACAAAAGAGGUUCCCAAUAUCCUCAAAGCUGAAAACAUUGGCUGGCGGAUGAUUGAACAAGCUGGCAAAGUCGACCCGAGUAACAUCACACCCGAUACUAUCCCCAAGAUUAUCAAUAGAAAAUCCGACUACAUGGCCAGCACCGACACAGCUGCCGCUGGAAUCAUCCCCGCAGCCAACGUAACAACCUUUGCCAUGAUCAUGCACCACCACGCCACAAGUCUACAAUGGGAGCACGUCGACUACCUAACGCGCCAACUCUCGAAAACAGCCAUCGCCCCCAACGCCACCAUCAUGAACGUCCUCAUGGACAACAAAUGCCGCCAAGGCGCCUAUACCGACGCGUGGAUAAUCUACAAGACCCUCACCAACCCACAACCAGGUAAACCCGGCGUCUUCCCCGACGGCGCCACUUUCCGCUGUCUCUGGAAGACACUGCGCCUCGCCCUCAGCGACCCCAGCACCCGCGAUAACCCCGCCCUACCCACCCCCCGCGAACUCCUCAAGGAAAUGAUAGCGUGGUGGAGCCUCAGCCGCAGCCGCUACGACGCCGACCGUUUCCGCAUGGGCAUUGCAGGCGCGGAUAACGCCGCCAUCACGUCCCUCAUCAUGCAUUGUUUCAGCUAUACCCAAGAUCUUGCCGGCUCCCUUAUCGCCCUACACGUCCUGCGUCACCGCUUCGACAUCUUCCCCACAGACAAGGCGGCGCAGAUACUCCAGCGCCAAAUGGCCUGGGUGGAUACAACGCGCGAGUCGGAAGGAGAACAGAGUCUGUACUUCCACAGUCGCUCGGCGGAGGGCAGUUCGCACCAGAUGGCGCAGGUGUACAAUUUGUUACUGCAGCGGCGGCUGGAGAGGAUGGAUCUGAAAGACGGCGAGCAUGAGGGCUGGUCGGACGAGCAGAUUGGUGAUGUGGGGCUGGAUUUGUUGAGCGAGUUUGUGAGGGUGGUGCUGAAGAGGAGUUAUCCGCCCGAGGUUGUGGAGGCCAUGAUUGAUGCGGCGAGGUGUGCGGUUGGGGUUCCUGAGUUGCCGACGGGGGAUAUGGAUGCUUUUGAGGUGGCUUGA